AUGACCGGCUUUGAAUUAAUACUCUCCGCAGCGCUUUGCCUCUCUUGCACACCACUUAACAGUACACGCCUGCCCGCAAAUCUUAUACAGCUGGAUGAUAAUGGUGAGGUAGUCACUUUACCGCCCGAUUUGGUAACCAACGAACCAACGUUGGUAGAUGCGCCCGUUGAAACGGUUGAAACUCUUAUUGCCAAGCAAGAAAAAUUGGAUAAUUUGAAAUCGUGGCUUAAGGGUAGGAAACUUGUGAUUGCCACGCUGGAAGAUUAUCCACUCAGCUAUACGGUGAUUGAGAAUGAUACGCGCGUGGGCAAGGGUGUGGCAUUUGAGCUGAUCGACUUCUUGCAGAAUCAAUUACAAUUCACUUAUGAAGUAGUCGUGCCAGAAGAUAAUAUCAUUGGCUCAAGAGAGGAUUAUGAGAAAAGCCUGAUUAAAAUGCUGAAUAACUCGGAAGCUGACCUAGCUGCUGCUUUUAUACCCACGCUCAGCGAGCAGCAUAGUUUCGUUUUCUAUUCGUCAACAACUUUGGAUGAAGGCGAAUGGAUUAUGGUUAUGCAGCGGCCACGUGAAUCGGCUACUGGUUCAGGUCUAAUGGCACCUUUCGACUUUUGGGUGUGGAUUUUGAUUUUCCUAUCCUUGCUGGCGGUUGGUCCUAUUAUUUAUAUGCUGAUAAUAUUACGCAAUCGUUUGACUGGUGAUACGGAGCAGAAACCUUAUUCGUUAGGUCACUGUGCGUGGUUCGUCUAUGGCGCGCUGAUGAAGCAGGGCAGCACUUUGUCGCCAAUCGCAGAUUCGACACGUUUACUCUUUGCCACCUGGUGGAUAUUCAUUACGAUAUUAACUUCAUUCUAUACAGCCAAUUUAACUGCUUUUCUCACGCUAUCGAGAUUUACUUUGCCCUAUAACACUGUUAACGACAUACUUUACAAGAAUAAGCACUUUGUUUCGGCACGCGGCGGUGGUGUUGAAUACGCUAUAAGAAAUACCAAUGAGAGCCUCUCCAUGCUGUAUAAUAUGAUACGCAAUAAUCAUGCCGUAUUUUCGCGGAGUUCGAAUGAUACUUUCAAUUUGCAGAAUUUUGUUGAAAAGGAUGGCUAUGUAUUUGUACGCGAUAGACCGGCUAUUAAUCAUGUGCUCUAUGCUGAUUAUCGUUAUCGUAAGACCAUAAGCAUGAAUGAUGAGAAGCUGCAUUGUCCCUUCGCCAUGGCUAAGGAACCGUUUUUGAAGAAAAAUCGUUCAUUCGCCUAUCCGAUAGGUUCGAAUUUGAGUGAACUCUUUGAUCCAAAACUCCUCAACCUCGUUGAAUCGGGCAUCAUCAAGUACCUGUCGACAAAGAAUCUACCCAAUGCUGAAAUUUGUCCACAAAAUCUCGCUGGCACCGAGCGGCAGCUACGCAACACCGAUCUCAUGAUGACCUACCACAUUAUGUUUGCCGGCUUUGCCACCGCUAUGGUUGUAUUCUUUACCGAAAUUCUUUUCCGCUACCUGAAUAGCCGUCGUGAGGCAAGCAAAUGGGCGCGUCACGGCAUUGGACGCACAACAAAUGGAUUAUCAGUGCAUGCGCCACGUUGGUUGCGUCCAAUAGAAACGGAUAGUGAUAAACAGCGUUUGACUGCCUCGCCCACGGAAUCUAAUAUUACACCACCACCGCCAUAUCAGAGCAUCUUCAGCAGCAAACGCCACCAAAAUCAACAGCACAAUGAAGCGACUCACCUGAGUAAGGAUAAUAGCUUUAAUCGCUGGCGGCGUCCUGGACAAUUCGGUGGUGGUGGUGGUAUUGGUGGACAUUUUGGUGCGCUGGCUGGUGGUGGUGGUGGUGCCGGUGUGCUGCUAGGCAAUGGUCAGAUGCCAGGUGGCGGUGGCACAGGUGGUGUGCGUCGCUUAAUUAACGGCCGUGAUUAUAUGGUAUUUCGUAAUCCGAAUGGUCAAAGCCAACUGGUGCCGAUGCGUGCUCCAUCAGCGGCGCUCUUUCAGUACACUUACACGGAGUAG